AUGGACAAAUGUUUAGGUUAGCAUAUCCUACAAAAUCCUAGCAAUAAAAACAAAAAAGAAUUGUUCAGAAGAUAGAAAAGCUUUUAAAAUUCCAGCUGCCGGCAGAUAGUUACAUUGAAAGGAACAUGAGCGAAUAGAGCCAAAGAUGGGCGGUAUGUUGUAUGCAUGUGCUACUACCAUAAAUAAAAGGUUGGAAGGGUAAAGAUAAGUGAGUAUUGAUAUAUAAAUGCAAAUUGAAGAAGGAUUCAUGCAUGGCUAGCAGAACAGAGGAGAAGAAUGCAUCAAUUUCCCAGCUUUUCCGAUUUGCUGAAGGGAUUGAUAAACUGCUUUUAACUUUCGGAGUUAUGGGCAGCAUUGGAGAUGGAUUGAUGCAGCCAAUAACAAUGAUUCUGCUAAGUAGAUUGAUCAACACAUUUGGAUCAAAAAAUACUAUUUUCACAACUGAAACUGUAAACAAGUAUGCAAUCGAGCUAAUUUCACUGGCUCUAGCAGUAGGGACAGCUGCAUUUCUUGGGGGAUGGUGCUGGACAAGGACUGCAGAGAGGCAGGUAUCAUGCAUGAGAAGAAAGUACAUAGAAGCCGUCUUAAGACAAGAAGUGGAAUACUUUGAAACAAGUUCUUCAACAUCAGCCACCUUUCAGGUGGUAUCAAGCAUCUCAACUGAUGCAGAUACUGUUCAAGAUUUCCUAAGCGAUAAGGUAUCGAAUAUUUUGUCAAGCUUGACCGCGUUUGUAUUCCUCAUAGUGGUUGCCUUCAAACUCUCAUGGAGGAUGGCAUCUGCUGUUCUACCAUUCUCCCUGUUUUUCAUUGUCCCUGGUGUUGUUUAUGGAAAGGUGCUGAUGAAGUUGGGAGUGGAGAUUAGGAAAGAGUAUGGAAUCGCAGGAGGAAUUGCAGAGCAGGCAAUAUCAUCAAUCAGGACUGUGGUAUCAUAUGUUGGAGAACAAAGAAGUCUAGAGAAAUACAAGAAAGCUCUGGAGAAAAGCACAGAGCUUGGUAUAAAACAAGGAUUCAUAAAAGGGUUGGUGACUGGGAGCAUGGGAAUGAUCUAUGCAGUGUGGAGUUUCCAGUCAUGGGUGGGAAGCAUUUUGAUUAUAAACAUGGGGGAAUCAGGAGGGAGUGUUUUCAUCAGUCAAAUAUGCGUCAUUUUAGCAGGAUUGUCAAUUAUGUCCUCACUUCCAAAUGUCAGAUAUUUUUCAGAGGCAAUAACAGCAUCCUCGAGAAUAUUUGAGCUGAUUGACCGGCUCUCUCAGCUCAAGAACAACGAUGACAUGGGGGUAACCAUAGAGAACAUAAGAGGAGAAAUUGAGUUCAAGAGUGUCAAAUUCAGUUAUCCAUCAAGACCUGACACUCUGGUCAUUUCUGGCCUUGACCUUAAGGUAAAUGCAGGGCAAACUAUUGGUCUGGUUGGCGGCAGUGGAUCAGGAAAAUCGACGGUGAUUUCGCUGCUACAAAGGUUUUAUCAACCUGAUGAGGGAGUGAUUCUCUUGGAUGGGAAGGAUAUCAGAAAUUUACAGCUGAAAUGGUUCAGAUCUCAAAUAGGUCUAGUGAGUCAAGAGCCAGUCCUUUUUGCAACAUCAAUCAAGGAGAACAUACUAUUUGGAAAUCAAGAGGCCACAAUGUCAGAGGUGGUGAGAGCAGCAAAGACAGCGAAUGCUCAUGAUUUCAUCACUAAUUUUCCAAAUGGAUAUGACACACAUGUCGGGCAUUUCGGGGUUCAGAUGUCAGGAGGACAGAAGCAAAGAGUAGCAAUUGCAAGAGCACUGAUCAGAUAUCCUAAAAUAUUACUGCUUGAUGAAGCCACAAGUGCACUGGAUGCUCAAUCUGAGAGGGUGGUGCAGGAAGCUCUGGACAGAGCCUCGACAGGAAGAACAACAGUUAUUGUUGCGCACCGACUGAGUACACUCCGGUCUGCCAAUUUGAUUGCUGUUCUUCAGGCAGGGAAUGUGGUAGAAUGUGGAAGCCACAGGGAGCUCACAAAAUUGAAUGAAGGAGAAGGCGGUAUCUACUAUAAGAUGAUGCAGUUGCAGAAAUCAGAGGUUCAAAGAGGAUCUCCAAUAACAGAAAGAAUUAACAGUCCAGUUGAUUCGGCUAUUUCAACUAUAUAUUACACUCCUGAGCAAGGAUUCAGAGGUCAUGAAGCUAGUGCAAGGCAAGAAGAAAUACUAAAGAAACCUUCAAAUAAUCCUUCACAUCGGCGCUUACUGAAGAUGAACAAACCUGAAUGGAAAAGAGGAUUGCUCGGUUGCCUUGGAGCAGUUGCAUAUGGACUAGUUCAUCCUACCUAUGCAUACUGCAUGGGCACAGUUCUCACAGUCUAUUUCCUCCAAAAUAAUGAAGAAAUCAAAUCGAAAACAAGGUUAUAUAGCUUAAUCUUCAUGCUAUUAGCAUUAGUUGCCAUUCUCGCCAACAUCCUCCAGCAUUACAACUUCGGAGUCAUGGGAGAGCGCCUAACCAAGAGAGUACGAGAGACAAUGCUAGCAAAAGUUUUGUCCUUUGAAAUUGGGUGGUUUGAUGAAGAUCAAAACUCUAGCGCAGCAGUAUCAGCAAGAUUAGCUACCGAAGCGAACUUAGUUAGAUCCCUUGUCGGAGACCGCCUAUCACUGCUACUACAAACUUUUAUAACAGCAUCACUAGCUUUUACACUAGGUUUGGUGAUAACAUGGAGGCUAUCUAUUGUGAUAAUAGCUAUUCAACCUUUCACCAUAAGUGCAUUCUAUCUGAGAAAGGUCUUGUUAACCAACAUGUCAAAGAAGGCCAAGAAAGCACAGAUUGAAGGGAGUCAGUUAGCAGGCGAAGCAGUGGUCAAUCACAGAACCAUAACUGCAUUCUCUUCUCAGAAUACAAUGUUAAGACUCUUCGAAAAAACGCAAGAAGGGCCGAAAAAAGAAAACAUUAAGCAGGCUUGGUUCUCAGGAGUGUGCUUAUUUAUCUGCCAGUUUAUUGUCACUUGUUCCACCGCAUUGGCAUUCUGGUAUGGAGGGAUUUUGAUAAUUCACAAUCAGAUAAAUUCUACGCAUAUGUUUCAAGCUUUCUUCAUCCUAACGAGCACUGGCAAGCUCAUAGCUGAUGCAGGCAGUAUGACAACCGACUUGGCCAAGGGUGGCAAUGCAGUGAACUCAGUUCUGGAGAUACUUGACAGACAAAGUAAGAUUAAUCCAGAUGAUCCCAAAGGGAUUAAGAGAAAGAAAGGUCUCAAGGGUCAUGUCAAGUUUAAGAAUGUGAAUUUCUACUACCCUUCAAGGCCAGAACAGAUGAUCUUUAGUAAUUUUAGUUUUAAAAUAGAGGCCAGGAAAACAGUGGCAUUAGUAGGGAAGAGUGGCUCUGGAAAAUCUACGGUGAUUUCUUUAAUAGAAAGGUUCUAUGAUCCAGUAAAAGGCUCAGUUGAAAUUGAUGGGAUAAACAUCAAAGACUACAACUUGAGGUUUUUAAGAACACAAAUUUCACUAGUGAGUCAGGAGCCAACAUUAUUUGCAGGUACCAUUCGGGAGAACAUAGCAUAUGGUAGAGACGACGCUAGUGAAGCUGAGUUAGUGAGAGCUGCAGAGCUUGCCAAUGCCCAUGAAUUCAUAAGAAUUUGCAGUGGCAUGGAAGAAGGGUAUGGUGCAUACUGUGGAGAAAGAGGGGUUCAGCUGUCUGGAGGCCAAAAACAAAGAAUAGCAUUAGCAAGAGCAAUCCUGAAGAAUCCUGCCGUCCUGCUCUUGGAUGAGGCCACCAGUGCACUAGAUAGCAUAUCUGAAAACUUAGUUCAACGAACAUUGGACAAAAUGAUGGUAGGUAGAACAUGCAUUGUUGUGGCGCAUAGGCUAUCGACCAUACAAAAAUCAGACUCCAUAGCAGUCAUAAAGAAUGGGCAAGUCAUAGAAGAGGGAUCACAUUCUGAACUGACAAGGAAAGGUCGUGGCGGUACAUACUAUGAACUCAUAAAGUUACAAUGUCAGUCACCUUAGAUGGACGGUUUCUCUUGAUGAU